UCACACUUUGCUCCGAAAAUUUUCCGAGGGACGUGCUCGAUCCUCUUCAAUACGUUUUCUUUGCAAUUAUCGGUUAACACGUUGGAUCAGACACAAAAGAUGAACAAAAUAGUGAUAUUGUGUCUUUUCGCUACAUCCGCCGUGGCUGUGCCCACACCGGAACUUAACAACAUUGAGCUCAACAGGAAUCUCGAUUGCUUCGAGCAAGAGAACGCGCUGUUUAGCUGCAUGUUCGUCAAGACCGUCAGCGCGCUGGAUAGAGCCGCCAGGUCUAGCGACAUCGAGAUCAUCGAUGGUGUGAAGUUCGUGAGGGAAACACCGAUGGAACGUAGCGGAAAAGAUUUGAAGACAGAGGUCGAUAUUAUGAAUGAAUUACCAAGAGACAUGUCGGACAGGGCCAUUAAGCUCGCCACUAUGCUGGUAGAAUCAGCCCUGUCGUUUAUGAAGUCCCAUAGUUUGAAGCUGAGCAUGCCCGAGGAGGGCUCGAUAUCCCGCGCUCUGGAUGAAGGUCGCGCCAAAAUAAAGAAAAUGGCACUUCCUCUGAUCGCCGCCGCAGGAAUAAAAUUGUUCGCCCUAAUCCCAAUUCUCCUCGGAAGUCUUGGUCUCCUGGUCAUGAAGGCCCUUUUCGUGGGCAAAAUAGCCCUUCUGCUAGCUGGAGUGUUGGCUUUCCAGAGAUUAUUCGGCAGCAGCAAUUCUGGAGCUACUAGUUUCUUCAGCAAGAACCCUCAACCAUCGACUGGAUGGUUUGACAACGCCAACCAAGGCUGGGCAGCCAAUGUCGCAGCAGGUGUUCAACCUCAGGGCUACUACAAGAGAAGUUUCGACGCUGAAAAUGGAAAAAUAGACGCCCAUUCGAUGGCAUACUCUGCGCAGGCACCGAUCACGAACGAAACCAAUUGAAACGACGAUCCUGAGUCUACGUUUAUGAGGAACGAAAGACUCCAGGCUACCUGGGGGCCAUAUCUCUCGAAUCUAGUGCGUGUAAUACUCGCUAGACUCGUUCUCGACUGUUAGAUUAAUAUUUAAGCGAAUAACUUAUGGACCGAGUAAAUUAUUAAUAAUCCUUUGUAUUAAUAAAUUAUUUGUACUAUUGCA